AAAAUCAAAGAUUUCAUGAAGCGCGCGCAGCUCACUCGUAAUAUCGCGCCAAUUCCCACCACUGAGGCGCGCCAGCGUCUGGUAUGGCCGGCGUCCAAUAGCGUCGGGGAGAAACGAGGAUGCCCUCCGGCGGCGAGGUGGUCGCUAUCGUUCGACGGCUGUUCAGUGCGCGUUCACUCGCGUCAUACAACGGCGUCGUGAUGGAUCGCAAGCCUCAUGAGAUGGCGACGAAAAGCUGCAUCCUGUGCAAUCGAAAACGCAACUCCGAAGGCACACCGAGGAUAUCGUUCCACGCAUUUCCCGAGGACGAGGAAUACAGGAAGAAGUGGCUGGACGCGAUCGGAAAGGCUGAAAUACCCGUUCAUUCGUAUCUAUGUUCACGACAUUUUCCGCCGAGUUACUUCGUGUCCUCGACCUUAAAGGAUGACGCGAUCCCAGCCUUGGAAUUGGGGCCGACAUCGGACGCCGAGCAGAACCGAUCACAGCAACCGAGAACGAAAUUAUCCCUGUCGAGCGCGCAGGUCGCAAGACCGAUCAUUCGAAGACCGCGAACCCGCAUGCUGCCGGACGAGGAGAUACAGAAGAUGCAGCCGGUGAAGUACGUACGCUACCUGAAGAGCGUCAACUGGGACGAGAUCGCGAAAGUGCCGAGCGAAGCGAAAAUCGCCUGGGAAGUGGCGAUGGAAGAGCUGAAGGAGGGCUACGAUAAGAUAAAACAUCUGCAGGCGCACGUCAGCCACCUCAAGACGACCGCUCGCAAACUCGAGACCGUGUUGAAAGCGCGUACGAAGAGGACGGUCGCAUCGUCGCAAAUCUCUUGAUUGAAGAGGAUCGCGGAGUACUCCUCGACGCGAAACAAUUACAACAAUCACUAUGAUCUGUAAGAAAAAAAUCUCACCUCGAUGUAAAAAGUUAUGUUAAGAUAAAAAACCGAAAAUAA